UUAAUUAACUUCUUGCCGUAUCAAAUAUUAAAUAUGACCGUAUCAAAUGUGUGGUGACACAUUUAAUGAAAUCGGUGAAAAAUCCAAACCCUAUCUCACAUUCGUUUAAUCGCUGAGUGCAGAGCCAACACAAUAUUCUUCAGGCCUUCGGGCUGUUUGUUUCUCCCAUUAAGAGACUAGCUCUGGAUCAAUCAGAUUGGUUGGAGUUUUUUUACCCAUUAAGAGACUAGCUCUGGAUCAAUCUGAAUGAAAAAAAUACUUCUAAUACCCUUGCCCUAACAUAACACACGCCUGUGUUUUCUUUCUCCCCCACUAGUACUACACGUCGAACCCUCCUCCAUCAUUCUCCCUUCUUCUCAGCGUCGACCACUUCUCCCCUGCCAGCUGCGCCGCUCCGCCUUCACCUUCUUCACCUCCACCCUCGAUUCCUCCCCCUUCGCCGGCCCUAAAACAUGUUCUGCUUGAUUAUAUAAAAUUGGUGCUUGAUUUAUGUUCUUCUGCUCGAAAUUGGUGCUUGAUUUAUCUCCAACCGUGUUUCAGAAGUAGGAUCGGAAGAAACCCAAAUGAUCCAAAACCAUAAACAAAACGGGGUGCAUGUAAUGUGUAAAAUCAACGUGGAAUAGGAAAAUGAACCCAGAAAAUUGGGAAGCAAUGAUUACGAGAAUCUGCUCCUUGUUCUAAAGCUUUGGUGCCAUCUUCAUAAGCAUCAUUUCAAUCAUGGAAAUCGAAGAUUGGGCAGGUGGAUCAAGUGAUUCAGACAUAACUGCACCUGAUAGUGAUAUUGAGGACCAUUGCUAUGCAUAUAGUGAUUUUCCCAAGUUGCAGUUUAGGAAAGAUAUAUCAAAGGCUCGUUGGAAACAAGAUUUGGGAAUGGCUGAGAUUGUUAGUAAUAAAGGCAAAUUGUGGACAACAACAGGGAUAGUUCGUGGUGGAAAGUUAUAUAGUUUUCUUGAAGAUACAUUGUUUUUGGCAGAGAUAGGGGCAUUGCAUCUGUUAGAUGAUGAGGAUAAAUGUAUUCCACUUGAAGAUAUUUAUAAAAAGGUUGCAGAAGGUGUAGGUGGAUCUUCAUGGGAGUCAUUUGAGGUUUACAGGCAUCUUAAGUCAUUAGGUUAUAUAAUCAAGAGGCAUGGUGUUUGUUGGAGCAUAAAACGUGGUAAAAGUGAAGAAAACAGUUCUAUAAUGGAAGUUACUGAGUUGUUUAGUAGUAUGGAGAUAAAUGAAGAGAGUAAAAGACUGGUUUUUGAUGUUUAUCCUCCAAACAGCAAAUUUAGAAAGUCAAAUCCAGGCAAUCCGAUCUUUAUUCUCUGCAUAAUUAGUGGCAAUCCACCAACCAAGAAACAGAUUGAGGAAGUUGAAGGACAAUGUGAAGGCAUUCCUCUGAAGUUUUGUUAUGUUGAACAUGGACGUGUAAGUUUCUUUUCUUUUAAUCAAAUUGAGCUUCCUGUUCUUCCUUGAAAACGAAUUUACAACUGAUAGAAUACAGAUUCGAGAUAGUGAUUUUCUAAAGUUUCUAUAUUCUUAUUAUUUGUAUAUUUUAUCUGUUACUUAUUUGGAUAAUACAAUUACAACUGGAGACAUAAAGGAUCUACAUUUAAAGGUAGAAAAAUGUCUAGAAAAUGAAUAGAACAAGAAAGCUUAUUUUGGUGUU